AUGCAGAAUCAAGAUUUCGACCAAGACAGCACCGGCAUGUACAGUGAAGCAGACCAUGAACAUGCCGUUAUCUCCACAUUUGACCUCUUUUCAAUUGGAAUUGGCCCUUCAUCUUCUCAUACGGUUGGACCUAUGCGAGCCGGCGCUAUUUUUGUUGCCGACCUCGUCGAAGCCGGUCUUCUACUUAAGGUCGACAGAAUCAUCGUGCAUCUCUAUGGUAGCUUGGCUUUAACCGGCGAGGGACAUAUGACACCGUCAGCUCUGCUCCUCGGUCUUGAAAGUGCAGAUGUCGAGACGGUUGAUACUUCGUAUGUUCCCAAGCGCUUUGACGAGAUCAAGGCUACCAAAAAGCUGUUUCUGGGGCACGGCCUUCCGGGCAACACGGGGAAAGAAGUUUCCUUCAACUAUGAACGAGACUUUGUGUGGAAAUGGGGGCAGAAACUGCCACUCCACAGCAAUGGUAUGCGUCUAACAGUAUAUGAUGAUCAAGGAGAUGUCUUGGCGACCAAUGACAUGUUCAGCGUUGGAGGAGGAUUCGUUGUCAACGGAGCGCUUUCUAUCUCCCCUACUUCCUCUCCAGACUCAAACGACCGGUCAGAUCUUGCGUCGGCUGAGCCUGGAGAUUCAGGUCAUCAUCCUGCUGAUUUGGCAGAGAACAUAUACUACAAGGAGACUCACCGUGCGAACGCAGCCGGAGACCGGAGAACAGGUUCGGGGGUCAAGAAUUUCAACAAUACCACUGAGAAAACAGACAAUUUACUCGAAGACACUUUGGGAUCUUCUUCUGGCACCAUGUCCCCCGUCAUUAGUGGCACCGCAGAUGUAGAUGUCACAUCCGAACGGGCUACCAAGUCGCAACAGCCGCCUUACCCUUUCAGCGACGCUGCCAGCCUCUUAAACCUAUGUCAUAAGCACCAACUGACUAUCGCACAACUUGUCUUUGAGAAUGAAAAGAGCUUCGGAUACUCAGAAAAUGAUAUCUACCGCAAGCUAUUUCGGCUCUGGGGUGUUAUGGAUAGCAGCAUUCUCGAAGGCGUCCAAGCGCCGCGAGACUCGACUCUUCCAGGCUCACUGAAACUGCAUCGACGAGCGCCCGCACUGUACAGUCGCCUCACAAGAGGUCUGUACUCUUCUCAGAAUGAUAAUGACAAGGGCCUGAAGAGUCUGGCGCAGCCAUCAUCAGCAAAGACCGAUACGUCAUUACCCAGCGUGCCAGAUACAGCCCUGAGCCAAGGACAAGUCAGCCUGUGGCGGCGACAGACUCAAACCGUGCACGGCUCGUUCGAUCACCCAAUUAUGCCGUCUCCUUCUCGUCGCACCACCUUGGCAGCUAUGGACUACCUGACUGUUUACGCCAUCGCGGUCAACGAAACCAAUGCGGCCGGCGGCCGGAUAGUGACGGCUCCGACCAAUGGUGCAGCUGGCAUUAUUCCCGCGGUGCUAAAGUACGUGGUGGAGUUUGUCAGUGAUGAUCCAGAGCGUGAUAUUGCGACAUUUCUGUUGACCGCUGCGGCGAUUGGCAUGCUGUACAAGCGUGGCGCAACCAUCUCUGCUGCCGAAGGAGGGUGCAUGGCCGAAGUUGGCGUCGCGUGUUCGAUGGCUGCCGGAGCGUUUGCGGCCUGCAUGGGAGCUAAGCCAGAAACCAUUGAACAAGCUGCUGAGAUUGGAAUUGAGCACAAUCUGGGUCUGACCUGCGAUCCCAUUGGCGGUCUGGUCCAGGCUCCCUGCAUAGAACGAAAUGCUCUGGGUGCAGUCAAGGCCAUCUCGAGCGCUAACCUCGCGCUUAGUGGCGACAGCGGUACCCAAAAGGUCAGACUGGACGAUGCCAUUCGGGCCAUGCGUCUGACUGCGAAGGGAAUGAGAGACGAAUUUAAGGAAACCAGCCUAAGUGGAUUGGCAACGAGUGUACCGUUUAAAAUCCCUGUUAGCGUCCCAGAUUGCUAG